GAAAAAAAUUGAAUAGAAAGUGGAGACCGUCACAAAAAAGAGAGAGCAGUCGGCGAAGAAGGGGGAGGUGCGUUGUAGAGGAGCAUCCCGUGGAAAGGCGGCGGAGGCGGCGGCCGGUGGAAGAUGUCGAUCCUGUGGGAGAAGAGCGCUGGGUGGCGGUGGCUGGUGCGGCGGACGCGUGACUCGAAGCCCUUCUUCUUCACCUUCGCGGCGCUGUGCGGCGUCGUCCCGGGCGUGAUAGGCUACGGCGUGAUGCAGCUCACCAGCUCCCGCAAUGAGCAGCUCGAGGCCCACCUCCGCUCCACCGCCCGACCCGAGACCACGAUGAUGGGGCAAGUGAACAGGGAGAGACUGGCCGAGUUUCUCGGCGAGCUGCAAAGGAAAGAGGACACGAACGACAGGUACGUGGCCGCUCUGAAAGGGGAGACGCUGACCAGGAAACGCUACGAGCGCAUUCAGCCUGUGCCUGCCCCCGUGCAAGCGAGCCAGGAGGCCGCGUCCGCUAAGGCUGCCAGCGCCGAGAAGCCCAAGGCCAAGUGAUUCGCAGUGAACUAGUGUUCCUAGCAAGAUAUGCCCCUACCCAGAUCACUGAACAUGAACAUAAACGGACUAGUAGUCAGAGCUUGUAUGCAUCGUCAUCGUGGAGUCUUUGUUUUCGCUGCUGCUGUUAGCUCUCGUGGAUCUUUUUGAUCUCAGUGCCCACCCUGUGAUCGAAAUAUUGUGGCUGAACGAAACCGGCGAGCACCCUCCGUUCCGUUGACU